UGAGACCAUUUCAUCCGCUUUAAUGUCGAUUGUCACCUUACCUUCAGUUUCCUCAAUCGCAUCGAAGUUGAAGUCACCAGCCUUGGUAGCGAUCAUUGAAUCUCAUCGUCAAAACCGGCUAUGAUCGUGGCAAACUCUGAAGGAGAACAGAGGCAUACCAUUUCAACCUCAUUUGGUAUUGCUAUAGUACCAUAAGUAGCUGAAGAGCACGAGUCACCGCGGAGACCUCAACGUUUGGUUGUCCAAGAGAACGAUGAACAAGCUGCAUCUGUGUCUUCUGUUACAAUUAUGCGUGCUGACCGUGUCUCAAAAGACCGCUUUGGAUUCACCACCUAUAUUGCAAAUUUUUCGUAAUGGGCAGCGUUGGAUUAUCGAUUAUUUCGGCAGAGAAAAUGAAGAGCGAAGUUUUUCAACAGAGGAGGGAAACAAAGUUCAAGAAGAAAUCCCAGCAAAUGUACCAUUUCCUUGCAAUGUGACAGGUGGUAGAUCUCCCAAAGUUCCCGACUCAGUCCAUCGCUUAAGACCAGGUGACAUAGACGUUAUUGGUGCGAUGGGUGAUUCUUUGACAGCCGGAGUUGGACUAUUUGCGAAAUCUCUACUACAAGUCUUCGUUGAAAACAGAGGCGCGUCAGGGAGUAUCGGCGGUGAAGGAACUUGGAGGAAGUAUCUGACGCUUCCCAAUAUUCUUAAGGAAUUCAACUCUAACCUAGUUGGCUAUGCACUUGGAGAUUCUUUGAGUAUUCAGCCAGAAUCACAGUUGAACGUUGCUGAGACUGGUGCAAUAUCUAAAGAUAUGCCAUUCAUGGCCAGAUAUUUAGUCAAUAAAAUAUAUAAUGAUCCAAGGAUAGAUGUACAGCGACACUGGAAGCUUAUCACGUUGUUAAUAGGAAGUAACGACAUUUGUUCCAAUAUCUGUUCCCCUCUUUUUCCAUGGUCUCUCUUGGAGAGUCACAAGGUCAACCUAAUUGAAACUCUUAGGAUAUUAAGAGACAAUUUACCAAGAACUUUCGUUGCCCUUGUUGUGACAGUAAAUUUAAAAGCACUUGUUAAUGCACAUAAAGGAAUAAAGUUAUUGAAGUGCUAUAUAGCAACUCAAGUAGAAUGUGGAUGCUUCUUUUCACUGCAAUACAGAGCUCAAAGAGGGGAAUAUUAUAAAAUGUUGGAGAGGUGGCAAGAUUUAGAAGAAGAAAUAGCUACUUACCCAGAAUUUCACAAAGAAGACUUCACUGUAGUGACUUUGCCAAGUGUUAAAAAUGCGUACAUACCGCUUGCCAAAAAUGGAUUGGCUGAUUUUUCGUUUUUUUCAGCCGACUGUUUUCAUAUGAGUCAGAAGAGUAACUCGUGGUACGCGAAUAUUCUAUGGAACAAUUUGCUAGAACCACUUGGUAACAAGACUUCCGUUUGGGAAGAGCCAUAUAAAAGAUUCUUAUGUCCAACUGCGAAGAGACCAUACUUGAUGACUGCUGAAAAUUCUUACAAGGAAUUUUUAGGACAAAGACAGCUCUUGCGCAAUAGAAUUUAUUAGGAGGUAAACGGUUCAUACAAUAGGAGUUCAAUGAUUCUUGUCAUUAUCUGCGAGUGUAAAUACAGAGAUUUUAGAAUUAAACUAAAAUUUAAUCGACGAGCGAUUUUAGUCAAUUGACACUGACUAAAAUUUUUGUUAUUCGAAUUUAAAUAAGUGGAGUUUUACUGUGAAGGUAGAACGCGUUUACAGUUUGCCAUUUAUGUAGAUAAAAUACUCAUUGUCAGCGUUAAGGUCUAGAAAUGAAAUUACAGUGACAUUUUAGUUACCAAUGUAAUAUAUUUGUAUCCGUAACGAAUAUUUAUUUAUUAUUAAUAGAAAAAAAUUGCUUUUCUGUUUCUCUUUGUGUGCGUAUUUAAUCAUUUAAAGGAGUUCACUGCUUAGUCUUAUCCUCAUGAGACAGAUUUGAGCUUUGGAUCAAUCUUUUGCAAGAUUAUCGAAGCAAUUUUAAUGAAGUUUUCAUCGAAAAUUUUAACAGUAAUGAUAAAAAGAAAACAUGUACAAUGGGUAAGAGAUAGUACAAAAA